ACCUGAACUUCAGCUCUGUUAAGAGCAGGUAACGUUAUUGAACUACGGCAAGUAAACUCCAGAGUAAAAUCUUAACAGACACUGGCAAGACAAACUUUGUGGUACCUUAACCUGCUGAUGGUAUUUAAAGAGAGGUCAGCAGCAUGUUUGCUGCAGCAGCAAAAUCCCACGACGGAGCUUCUCCGACCUGUGGUAAAGACAAUGCUAGGCUUGGAUCCAAGGUUAAGAAAAAGGCCAGCUCUCCUGAAGUGACUUUACCACCUCUGUGCCCAGGGCCACCUUCCUUCUCAGCAGCCAUUGUGGGCAGGGCUCUGUUCAGUCGUACCCCAACCCUCAAACAAGUCUCAUCUGACAGACCUUUAUCAGUGGUAGAACUCCCUCAUCUUAUAGCCCAAGUGGGAUCUGGGAGAGCCAUAGAUGACACAAAAUGGACAGAAGGACCUCGAUUAAUGGCCUCAGCAUUAGGGACUGAAAUCCCCUUCAGAACUGCUGAUGAGUUGACAGCACAGAGUCUCACAGAGAAAGAUGAAUCAAUAAAAGUCACAACAUGUAAGAAUAAAAAGAUAAUGACUGUGAAAAAUGGGAACACAGCCAAACCAAAUAAAGUUCCUCUCACUGGCACAAAGGUAGUUGAUAUCUUUGCCAAGAAAAGAGACCUGGGAGGACUGGAGCUUUAUUACCUGAAAGAAGUGGAUGGGGACUUUUACAGACCCUAUGACCUGCAAGUGGUCCAUCCCAGUGACGCUGGUUCUGAGCACUACAUCUUCACCCCUAAUACUGUGCUACAUGUGACAGAGCGGGGUUCUGGUGGACUUGUCAGUCUGGGAGAGUGGUACAGGGAGUUUAUGUUGUGGAAUUCUUUGCAGGAAAUCCCAUAUUUCAGGGAGUUUAGGCUGCGGAAAGCUUUCACCUGGUGGCAUAGAAAUGUGCGCAAGAUCUUUUUCCAGCGCAGGUGCGAGAAUCUGCAGGAUAUUCUGGUUAUAGCUGUGCCUCAGUUCAGAAAUGCUCUUUAUCUGCUCACCAGAAUUAUUGAAGAGCUGAAAGGGACUCACUGGCUGCCCCAGGAAGUGUCUAAAACCUUCACGUUGCUGGAAUUCAAGAAUGCACUGAUAACCAUGAAUAAAGAGUGUCUGCAGAUAUUGGAGAAGUUAUCACAGUGUCGUGCUGGCAUCCUAAACGUGGUAAAAGAGGACAGUUACAAGGCACACAACGAGCUUCAGCUGCACAUGGAAUACGCAAAAAAGCCAAAUAAACGCUAUGAACCCAUUCACCUCCAUCUGGCUCACCAGCAGGAGCUCAAGAGAGAGUUGGCUCGGUCUGAAAGCAUCUUGCAGAAAUUGGGCAACUUUGCUGAUCUCGUCAAUCAAAUGACUGUGCAGAGUCUCGUCACGAUCACCCGACAAGAUGUUGUUUAUUUCCUCAACAAUGUUUUGAGGAGGAAGAAGUCUCAGCAGCGCUCUCUCUUCCACACUGAGCUGUGUUUCAGUGCCAGUAGUCAGCUGAGUGUGGACCCGCCAAUACAUCUGUUCCAAGAAACAGUGAGUGAAGCACUUCUGACUGUUGGCAACUCCAUAAUCCAGAUGUGUGACACUUGUGGAUUCUUCCUGGAGAUAAGUGACAGUGUCUUAACCUCGGAUUUAACAUCUGACUUCAGUUGUAUUGAACAUCUGACUGUUACAGGGGACAAUAAGAACAACGAUGGAAUGACUGGUCGCAGAAAGUUAUGCUGCGAUCGACUGCUCAGAGACCUGUCAGCUCGAUGGCUGGCGCUGUCUCAACAGACCACGCUAAUGGUGCAAGGCGACAGGGUGCAUGGCUGCUACUAUCCCCUCCCCAAGGGACAGCUAGAGUGGCACAUCAGCAUCAAUGACAUUGCAAAACAAGUUGAGAAAGAGCACGCCGAGAUCAUGAAGAAAGCCGCACUAGAAAUCCAGCAGCUGUGCGAGAGCUACUCAUGGUUGGUGGACAUCCAUUUGUUCGUUAGCCAAUGGAGUCAAGCCUCUUUGGAAUCCAUGAAGGAUCAGCCUGCUGUACAGUAUGAGGAGUACAUAAAGAAGGUGCGUGACUGGAUGGAGAGAAUCUACACAGUUCCCUCAUCAGUCUCCACCUCAAACCAGCUGUUUAUCAUUGAGUGCACUCGCAUGAAGGAACAUCUAGGACAACAGCUAAGGGUCAUUGAGGAGGGAGUGCUACAGCACCUUGCUGAGCAGAUAAAGCUACACACAGAAAGCCUCAUAUCAGACCUGGAGAGUGCUUCUGCUGACCUCAAGGCAGAACCAGGAGACUUACAUGACCUCUCACAAUACGCUCUUACGAAAAGGGAGUCUGUGAAAAUGUUGGCUGACAUGAAGAAACGUGUGGAGUACAUUCACUCCCUCCAGGACACUAUUAGCAUGAACUAUAGGAUGAUGACAGAACAGGAGGUGACUUUGAAAGAAAAGAUGCUGGCCACCUGGGAUGGCUUUAUUGCCCACUUAAAUCAAGCAGAUAGCAUUGUGUGCCAACGUCUUCCUUCAGUUGCUAAUGCAUUGGACACCAUGUUCUCAUUUCUGGCCUGUGACCUUCAAAACAUGGUCUCUGAAGCUACAUCGGGAGCCUUCCUUGACCCAACCCAGAAUGCAAAAGAGAUGGUCCCCAAACUGACCCACAUGUAUGUGCAUGUGCAGAAUCUCAGCUCAAAGAUGGAGCAGCUCAGCAGAAACAGUCAAAACCUGCAAGAACAUCCAAUGGAUUUGACCGUUUUGACAACACAUGUUCAGAUGAUUAAAGCCCGUAAAGAGCUGUGGGAGCUGAUUGCUGUGUACACAGCAUGGAUGGAGGAAUGGAAACAGCUGCUUUUCACUGAGGUUGUGGUGUCACAAGCUCAGGGGAAAAUUGCCACGUGGACAGAGCAAGCGCUUUCUCUAACAAGUAUCAUACCAACCCAUGAUGCAGUGCUGCAGGAGACUUUAGGAACCCUGGAAAGCUUAAGCCAUCAGCUGUCAGUCAUGGCCAAGCUGCAGAGCCCCACACUCAAACAUAGACAUCGGAAAGCUAUUUUUGAAGGAAUGGGCCUAGUGUAUGUCCCAGAGAGGGAGGUGACUAUUGCUGAACUGACAUCUCAACAACUUAAAGUUGAUGAGAAACUACUUACCAAGAUAUGCAGAGAUGCACAAGCAGAGUGCCACAUGGAGCAAACCCUCCAAAAGCUUCAACAGGGAUGGAAAACCAGACUCUUCCAGCUGGACAAAUUCACUCUGCCUGUUUGGCAGCAUCCUGAGUCACAACAUGGAUUAAUAGAGACAGAAGAGCCCACAGAGAGCACUGUUUCAAAUCUCCAAGCUGCCAGUCAACACUCCUGUAAUGAUGCAAGAUUCAUCAUUGGUCUGGAAAUGCACUUUGCUGAGAUAGAGAAUGAUUUGAUGGCUCUGUCCAUCAUGUUGGAGUCUCCACACAGUGUUGAGUGCCGGGUGCAGAUGGAGGAUUGGGUGCAAUCACUACAAGAUCUUGGGAAGCUGCUCUCUUUAUUUGAAAGAUAUCAGCAAGCAUGGGCCUUCUUGACCAGGAUGUUCCAUGAAACAUCCUUUAGUGUUCAGAGAAAGGACCUGUUGGAGCGAUUCCAACCAGUUGAUGAGACAUUUAAGGAAGUUAUGCACUCUAUAUCAAGUGACCUUCACGUGUUGAGCUUGGUUUAUUCUAAAAAGACAAAUGACAGAUUCCAUGGUAAAAGCCUUUGCCAGAUCCUCAUCGAUGGUCUGUCUACAAUGGAGGCCAUUUCCAACCAGAUGGUGGAUCUCCUGGAGACCCUCUGUGAACAGUUUCCAAGACUUUGGUUCUUGAGUGAAAGGGAAGUGAUACAACUACUCUCCUUUCAUCCAACGCCUUUCAUUCUGCAACCCUUAGUACGCAAAUGCUUUAAAGGGAUACGCUGGCUCGAAGUGGAUUGUGAAAAACCAUCUCAAAGCCACAGACGGACAAAGGUGCUGGGGUUUUUUGGCAGCCUCCAGGAGCACAUUACCUUUCCAUCUCCUUUGGAACCAAAUCUGGAUGCCUUGGUUUGGCUUCGUGUCUUUGAGAAACAAUUAAAGUUGACCAUGGUAAAGCUACUGAAACAAUGUGCUAUUGUGCGAAACCAGCUUGAACCAUCCAGUCAAGAUUUGGCCUGUGGUAAGCAAGUUGGAGACCCCCUGUUCCACAUUGCUGGAAGGAAAAAAAUUGUAGUACCCUUACUGGAUUUGCUCUCCGAAUAUCCUCUCCAGUGUCUGCUGGUCGUUGAGGAGGCAGUUUGGUGCAGGGCUGUUCUACAAGCUUUCCAAAAAUCGAGCCCAGUGACGUUGAGCAACAUAAAAGCAUACCACUCUGCAAAACUGAAAAGCCUUGGCAGCUCCAUAAGAGAUGGAGUCACAGGGGCCAAAUGUGAAUCUUUGGUUUCUAAAUACAUGAUGAUGUAUCUACGUGCUUUGGUGCUUCUCACAAUGAAGCAUAUACAGCAGCUGUCUCGACUCAUGGAGGUACAGUGUGUGCUGGAAUCAUCUUUUGAGUGGCUCAGUGUGAUGAAGUAUCACAUUAACUCAGAAGAUCAGAGUCUGAAAGGCAAUGAUGACCCAGCAUGUUAUGUGGCUAUUUUGGGCCAUCGACUCAAAUAUAAUCAUGAGUAUAUUGGUCCAGAAGAUUGGGUGAUGGUUCAUACUCCAUCCACAGAUCGGGCGAUACUGGGAGUCCUCCUUGCUCUGACAAGCUACAGAUGUGGGUUUGUGAGUGGACCUUGCAUGUCUGGAAAGAAUACAACCGUGGCCCAGUUAGGAAAAGCUCUGGGGCGACAGAUUGUCACAAUGCAGUGUUGUCCAAGCAUGAGACCUGGUGUUGUUCAGCGGUUGCUGUGGGGUGCUCUACAGACUGGAGCAUGGCUUCUGCUGGACUCUGUAGACUUACUAACACAAGGGGUCUUGUCAUUACUGGGGCAACAUCUCGAAGACAUCUAUCAAUCCUUCUCAGAGUUAACAGGAAGUAAGAAUCAAAGAUGGAAUGAGGAGCCAAAAGGCAGAACUGCAGAUGAGGUCACAGACUGCAAAAACAUUGUUGAUUCAAAAUGCCACCUGGUACUUGCAGGGAAAAGCAUUGCUGCCAGCCUAAACUAUGGAUGUGUUCUUAUCUCAUUGAAGGGAUAUACAUCUGAGAUUCCAGAGAGUCUGCGAUGGGCAAUCAGACCUAUUGCAUUAACCCAUCCAGAUUACGGGAUCAUUGCUGAAGUAAUGCUGACGUCCAUUGGUUUCUCAGAGGCCACUUCUUUAAGUCGACGUCUAGUGUGCCUCAUCAGCCUGGCUAAGGAUUCCCUCUGUCUGCCCGAUUUUAUCACUGAUGACCAGAGCUGCUAUCUUGUUGUCUUGCAAAAGAUCAUUUUCACCUCUGAAAUACACCUACAACAAAGUGUAAGGCAACGAGAAAUUUCAGAUGAAGCUAAAGGAGUGGCUGUAGAACAAACUGAGCGUGCAACUGCACAAAAUGUGACUGCCAGAGUUGUUGGAAAGGAUAUAAAAGAAACUGAAAAACCAUCUCGGUUGUGCAGUUCUCAUUUGUCAAUUAUACGGGGAAUAAUGGAGGAGGCAGCCAUAGUCAAAGCUGUUUUUUCUGUCUUCUUACCUGUUCUUUAUGAGCACAAGAAAGCCUCACAGUUCUACAUCAUUUUCAAGGACACAUUCCCUAUUGCAUGUCAGUUUCCUCUUUUCCAGCAGUACAUUGAGGAAGAUGAAAAGAUUCCACUUAAAGAAGCAGUUACAGAAGCAUUACAAAGAAAACUGUUUCACCCUGACACAGAAAUAAUUAGCAGUGCUCUUACACUCUACCAGACCAUGACAUUUUCUCAGGCAGUUAUCCUUAUAGGCCCUUCAGGUAGUGGAAAGACGACCAGUUACUGUGCUCUAGCUGGGGCACUAAAUCAUCUGGCUGCCAAGGCAGAUGUGUUUGAAAAUGGAAAUAUGAUUGAGGGAGAUACCCCACAGGCAGAGCCACAGAUGUCUGCUUCAAUCUGGAACCCUGUUGACACUGUGGUCUUAUUUCCUAAUGCCAUGUCUCAUGAAGAGGUAUUUGGCUGCUUCUGUGAAAAGAGAGGAUGGCAGGACGGAGCUGUUGCAAAGGUGCUGAGAGAUUCACAGCGACAUGAACCAACAUGUUCCUCAGUCUGCAUCAAUAAAAAGAAAAGUGAUCAGAUACAAACAUGGCUGGUAAUGGAUGGGAAUCCUGUUGAGCAUCCCUGCUGGUUAGAUUACUUAACCACACUAUGCAUUCCUAAGGACCCCUUUCUGUGCCUGCCAUCAGGUGAAACACUGCUAUCCCAGUCGCACGUUAAGCUGCUCAUGGAGAUCACUGACCUACGUGAUGCAAGUCCGUCUGCAGUGACCCGUUGCAGCCUUGUUUAUUUCACAGGUAUUGAUGUGUGGAAGGCUGUGUGGAAGAGUGAAAUGGAUGCUCUAUCUUCUGAGCACAAACUGAAUGAAGUAACCUUGAAAAUGUGGAAUCGACUGGCUGCAGAUCUUUUCUCCAGCACUCUUAGUCUUCUCAGGCAACAGGCUUUAACCUCUGCAAUCCAUAAUGAUGGCGAAUCAUUUAAAAACCAUGUGAAUGGAGUGCAAGAAAUCAUGUCCUUUGUUCGGAUCCUACGCGCCCUACUGCAGUAUUUUGAAAAGGAUGUGAAAGAAGCUGAGGCAAUACCACAAACAGACAAAAAAGAUAUACCUCUACACAGAACUGGAAAAGCAGGCACAGAUCCCCACAUGAAACAAGAUCUGCUCGCCAGGAACCUUUUUCUGGUGGCUUAUAUUUGGGGAUUUGGUGGAUAUCUUCAUCCUCGCCACUGGCCACAGUUCGACUUACUAGCCCGUCAAGUGCUGUUUAAUUGUCGGUACAAAAUUGUGGUUCCUGAUGAGGAGAGUGUGUUUGAACACUUUUUUAACAUCGACAGCAAAAUAUGCCCCAGGAGCACACUGCUGACAAAUUCUAUCACCUCCCAGUAUGUGAAAUAUACCCAUCUCCUGAACAUCAUGUUGGAGGCAAACCAGCCAGUGUUGCUUGCAGGAGAGCCGGGUUCUGGGAAAACCACUCUGUGCAAAUCUUUGCUGAGUUUUGACAAACCACAUAUUAGCCUUCCUGGCAGUCCACUCCUCAGCUCCAGGGACCUGCGCUCUAUACUGAAUAGCAUUAGCUGCCAGAAGAUCUGUAAAGAUACUUUGAAUUCCAUGACUAAACAGCCUGGAUUGCUUCUUUUUGUGGAUGAUCUGCACGAGGCCUCUUGUGAUGUCUCUGGGAAGAUGUCAGCGGCUUUAGAAACACUACGACAGAGUAUUUCGAAGGGAGAAAUUCUAACAUUUGAUGCCUAUCACUUAAAGUCAUUGAGUGCUGGAACCAUGAGAUACAUGGCUACCUGUUGUGUCUUUGGAAUGGGCAGUCACCACAGUAAUGUGAUAUCCUCCAGGCUCUCACGCCUGUUCACUAUCUUUGUGCUCCCCAGCCUAUCUAUGGAGGUUAUAUUGUCAAUCCAUUCUCCUCGGCUGAAAAUCUGGCUCAAAGAAAUGCCACUGAAGCAGAGUGGUGAAGACAUGGCAUGUUGUAUCAUCACUGCAACUAAAGAUCUGUAUCAUGCAGUAUGUGAGCAAUUCCAGCCUACUGCACAGAGGCCCCAUUUCAUGUUUUCCCAUCAUGACCUUCAGAAGGUGUUUAGAGGGAUGUGUCUGUGCCAACCUAACAUCCCAACCACAGGGACAAUGCAGAAAAAUGAGCAUUCACUACCAGGCUUUCCUCCACUCCUGCCAGGGCCUGCAUUAAUUCUUAACAUAGCACAUCUCUGGAUGCAUGAGUGCAUGCGUACUUUCCGUGACAGGUUAUGCUCAGAGGAUGAAAGCAAAACUCUUGUGUCACUCAUAGCCAAGACAGCAACAACCCACUAUGGAAUUAGACUGAUUGAUGAAACUCAGCCUGUCUGUUCAGAUGAUCCACCCACUGUCACAAGCCUUCCUAGUCACACACUACCCAUGGACCCUGCAGGCACUUGUAAGCCUGUAGGUCAGAGUUUAGAGACAGUAAAUCUUCCUGAAGAGCCAACACCAGCUGGCCAGUCAGACCUGAGGAAAUACCAUAUGUUGACUGAACCUUCCCUUCUGUCUGAAAACAUUUGCUCAGAAGAGGCAAGCCUAAAACCUCAGCCUCUGCAACCCAUGAUUCUUCAGCAUAUGGAAGACAUAAUGGCUCAGCUUGUAUAUGGCCCUGAGUUCCCUGAGGCCUCAGCAAAUCAGCAACACAAUGUGAAAUGUAGCUCUUCUUAUCAGCACAGAGACCUUGACGUACUACUGCAGGAGCUGUGUGCAUGCAUCGACAGAAAAGACAAACGAGAAAAGGCUGGUAAUGACUACAGCAUUACUACCAAAUACAUAGUACACAGACAGAGGGUGAGGCAGCUGUUACAUAUCCUCAGGGCUCUUCUCAUACCUGGAGGCCACGGAGUGCUGAUUGGCUCAGACAAAGGCACAGGCCGUAAAACCACUGUGCGAUUAGCUGCCUAUGUAACAGGCUGCCAUUUGAUUGAGGUGCACCCUGGUAAUGAGAAUAUAUUGCAUGAAAUCCUAAAAGACGCUGGGAAUCAGACCAGAGUGGAUGGAGUUAAUGUUAUCAUACUGGUCCAUGAGGAAAUAAGCCAGACUGUGAGAGAAGAAAUGUUGGUGGCAAUGGCUCACAGAACCUACCCAGGGCUCUACACAGAUGAGGAGCUGAGAAACCUUGUUUCCAGAGUGACUGAUAUGAAAAACUCAAGACAAUACCUCAUGGACAGUUGGACGUUUGAGAAGUUCUUGAGCCAAAUCCACAGAAAUGUGCAUGUGUUCCUGUUGCUUCCCUUCGCCAUGUCAGACAGCAGUGAGACACCUGCCAACACUGGGACCCACAGAUGGAAUGCACAGCUGACCAAGGCCCUGAGCUUCAGUUGCUGUGUGGAAGUAUACCAGCCCUGGUCCAAGCAGUCUUUAAUUGAGGCUGCUGCUCAGUGCCUGAAAACUGGUCCCCACAAAUUGGAGACAGAAGGCUCAGAGGCCAGCCUGACAGUGGCUAUGGCAGGAAUGCACCAAUCUGCAUGCCAGUAUGCUUCAGUCCUCCUGAGAGAUCAGCCUUUCAACCCUCAGACUUAUUUGGAGUUCAUUGCUAAUUAUGGUUACCUAUGCAACCAUCUGCACAUGCAACAGCAGAGCCAAGCCAACAGACUCGCCACUGUUCUGUCUCAUUUGGAUGCUCUGAACAACACAGCUGUGCAGUACAAACAGCACUUAAUAAGUCUGCAGGAGAAGGUUGCUGAGACACAGCAGCUUGAGAAAGAACUUCUCAAAGCUUUAGAUUAUCAGAGGAGGCUGAUCACAGAAGCCCAGGAGAGAUGUGUUGAAGCAGAGAACAAGCUGCAUCAUCUGGAAGAGCAAAUUAGUCACGCUCAGGAGCAGAUGAGACAUGUGUUCCUGUCAGGCCUCAAGAUUAUUAACUGUCUGAAUCCAUCUGACCUGGAGGAGGUACGCCACUACAGAGACCCACCUGAUGGAGUGGUGAAAAUCAUGGACGCCAUUUGUUUGCUCUUUAAUCGUCCACCAGGAUGGGAGAGCGCUAAACAGCUUCUUGGACAAUCCAACUUCUUCCAGGAGUUGGAAUUUUUUGACCGCUACAAUCUGACAAAUGAACAGCUGCAGCAGCUUGGCCAAAUAGUUCACAGUCCCCAGUUUGUACCAGAGUCUGUGCAAGAGGUGAGCAAAGCCUGUGAGUCCCUGUGUCGAUGGGUUCAGGCUAUGUAUGAGUGCUGCUGUAUGCAACACCAAGUGUUGAUCAAGCAGCAAUUGGAAAUGCUGGCCAAAGAGGCACGAGGUCAACUGCACCUGGCCAAGCAGCACAAGGAGGACGCGUACCAUCGUCAAGAGAAUGUCAGGCUUCAGCUGCAGUUGGUACAAAAAGAACUGGAGGAGGAACUGCUGGAGCUGCACAAAGCUGAGAUCUCAGAAAGAAAAGCUUCUAUAGCUGUAGGGCAGCUGGAGAUACAUGUCAAAGACUGGAGGGCAGCCGCUCAGGAGGCAGAGUUGAAUAAACAAACCUUACCAGGAGACGCCCUUAUCCUUGCUGCAAUCAUCUCUUAUUUAGGCCCCUUUGGACCUGAUAUACGCACAGAACUGCUGAGCAAGUGGAUGGAGCUUUGUCAGACAGGAAGCAUCAACAUAAACCCCAAGGACCCCAGAGCUUCCCUGUUUACUCACCCUGACACUGCACCUUCUUACCCCCUUCUCGGUUUUCCCAUCCCUGUGUCUGAGAGGCUGCAGCUGCCUCUGGGCUGUGCAUUAGGUAUGCACCAGGACGCUCCAUCUGCCAGAAUGGUGGUAAAGCUGUUGCUGUGGGGCUGCAGGACUGCCGGGGUUCAGCGCUGGCCUCUACUGGCAGACACUCAGCAGCAUCUCGAUAUAAGCUCACAAAGCUGUUUCAUUACAGGAGAGAAUGCCAAGCUUGAGAAGGAGACUGACUGUGGAAUGGUGGUUUGCGCUGACGAUCCAGAGCUGCUUGACAAGCUGGACCAGGCAGCAGAGAAAGGUGUAAGAGUCCUGAUAACUCACGUGGAACGUGUAAUUCCCAGUCCACAGUUUCUGGCCAGAUUGGCGCGCCCUGCUGGAUGUUACCCUCCAGGGUUAAAACAGCAUGUUCAGCAGACCCACCCUGAAUUCUGCCUCUUCCUCAGCACCCAUCUGUCUGUCCAACUGCUUAACAGUGAGAUCCAUCCGUCCAUCUUGACUCAGGUACGUGUCGUUGACCUCUCUCUGAGCUCAGAAGAGAUCCAGGAGCUCAUGCUGACACAGCUGCUGCAGUCUGAGUGUAAAAACCUGCUGACUCAACACUUGCAGUUCCAGAAUGACAAGCAGUUGCUGCAGGAGAAACUGAUCUCAGAAGAGGAUGCUCUGAUGGACUACAUCCUGCAGUCUAACACCUCACUGCUAGAGGACUCUGCUUUUCUACCCCGCGUGGCUGCUUGUCAAGAUGCAAUGAAGAAACUGCAGGCAGAGAUGCAGCAGCUACGUAAGGAGCUUGAGCACCAUGACCUCCUGCUGGCUGUGGUCAGACAAUUAAUGAACCUGGCUGCUGCUUUUUACCGGUCUCUGCAGGAGGUGUCCCGUCUUUCCCCUGCCUACUACUUUUCCCUGUGUGGCUUCAUCACAGUUAUGCAAGAGGCCUUAACUAUGAAGGACAGGCCAUUAGUGUCAUGUACCACUGGGAAAGUGUCAGGGGGUAUAAUACCAGAGGUCACAAAGCGGAUGGCAGUCCAGCUGCUGGCUCAAUACAGGCCUUGUCUCUUCAAGAGCCACGUCGCUGUUCUGGAGCUGCUGCUGUCUGUGGCUCUUCUCCAACACAACCAGCUGUGCUCUGAGGCUGAGAGGGUGGCUUUAGUCAAGGGUCUUCAAGACAUAGAGCAUCCUGUCACUGAAGUAAAACCCUGUUCCCAUCCUCCUACUGUCUCUCAGUCCACCAGUGGUUUACCCAGCUGGAUACCCCCUCAUAUCCACCCAGAGCUCCUCUGCUUGGAGAAGAUCCCAGUCUUCAAAGGGUUGAUUGCCUCUCUCUCCACUUGCCCCAGUCAGUGGCAGGAAUACCUGCGCUUCCCGUCUUCCACUGUAGCAGGGGCUGUUCCCUGUCCCUCUCACUCCCAUCUAUCCCUGCUACAGCGGGCUCUCCUCUGGAAGACCAUGCUCCCCGAAUGCCAGGAGGGGCUAGUUAAGGCCAUGACCGACCACCUCUACCUGCCUGGACAAAUUGCAGGUAUGGAGGCCCCUCACAGUGGGAACCCAGACACCCUCUUAGGGUAUUUUGUCAAACAUGCGGGACCCAUUGUGCUUACAUUGCCGAGUCAAAGAGGAGAUAAGUGGACAAGCAUUCAGCCUCUGUGCUUAAUAAACAAAUUGGCCCACUGUGCAGCAGAAACAAAGAAGAUUCAGGUGAAAGUCAUUUCUUUUGGGGCCCAGUGUGACACAGAGGUCAUUCUCUCAACACUGGACAAAGCUGUUAACAAGGGCCACUGGUUGGUUUUUAACAACUGUCACCUGCUGGAACAAUGGGAAGAUACAGUAGUAGCUCAACUCAGUCAGUUGAUGUCCUCUUUCAGAGAGGAGCUACGUCUGAUUCACCCAAGCUUCCGAUUGUGGUUCAUAACGAAAGAAUAUGCAUCACGCUCCAUACCAGCGGCAGUGCGACUGUGUGCCCUGCCUCUGGUCUGUGACUCUCCCUGGGAUCUGAAGGAGGAGCUGAGUUGUUCCUUGCGACAGGUGGUGUCAGUCAUACAGUGUCAAUCACUGUCGGGUGUCACAGCUGACAACAUGGAGCUCCUCCUGCGCUGUGCCAUCUUCCACUCUGUGUUACUGCAGAGACAGACCUAUAAAUACUUAGGCCAAGGGAGAAUCUACGAAUGGAGUCAGGAAGACCUUCUGGUUUUGAUGGAUGCACACAUUUGGAUUGGUAGUCUCUGCCAUGACAAGACUAAGGCUUUGAAAUAUAUAGCAGUUAAUCUAGUGCAUGGUGGCCAUGUACUAGACUCUGCAGAUUUGAAGGCGGUGGACAGCGUUGCAGAGACCUGCUUCAGUAGAGAAUCACCUCUCUGGAGCAGUGGACCACACAUCCUCUCGAAUAUUACCAGGAUUCAUGGCCGCUUUGAUUUGUCAGAACUACUGCAGAUUUUGGAAGAGAGUCUUCAGGAUUCAGAAAACAUUAAUGACCCCCGUGUGCUGGGCUUCGGUGCAGAUGUGGCAGCUGAGAUCAUCAAGAUCAAUAGCCACAAUCUGAACACACUCCUGCAGGCCUCCCAAACUCCUCUAGGAACAGUGAGGAGUUUCUACACACAGCUAAACCAGCCCGCUACAUUGCCAGCUCAUAGCCAUGCUAGAGACAGACUGCAGGCUCUGAAGAAUUACCUCACACACAGGAGUGACAGCAGAGUUAGAAAUGCAGGAGCUGUUUCUCGCAGUCACCUGUGUGACUUCCUCCAGGCUGAGUGGUAUGAUCUCAUUGAUUUGGUGUCUUCACUCCUCUCACAGCUCCAACAGCCCGUUCAAUACAGCUCGCCGACCUUUGCGUCCCUCCUCGAGCUCACUGACUUGUCUCGCUUGGAGAGGAGAGCAGAGUUGCUCAGUGCUUAUCUCUGGCACCACAACACUUCAGAUCCUCCCGGAGCAUACCGACUAUCUGCCUUCAGAAACGCCAGAGGCUUUCUGGUGACAGUGAUGAGAGAGGCUGCUCAACUAAAUCGCAAAUAUAUCAGCGAUGUAGCUCUGCAUUUUCAGGUUCUGAGUGAUAGUACUUACCCAGCCUCACUUCCCCUGGACGCUGUGUAUUUGUGUGGCCUGGAGCUGAGAGGGGCAUCAUGGGAUACACAGCUAGGAGCCGUACAGGACACAGUCUCUCCACAGCCAUGCUCACUGCCCCUUAUUUGUGUCACAGCUCAAGUCAGGAGCACAAAAGACACCUUCUCUUGUGAAAGUUCACAGUUAAACAAUGGCGGCAAUGUCAAGGUCACACAUGCUUCUCCACCGACCGCCCCACAGCUACCACUCUAUCACUGCCCGCUCUAUCUUGAUGGAGAGCAGGAGAGUGGAAACUGGGGACUGGCAGAUGUUAACAUUAUCACUACGCUUCCCCUUCAGGCCAAGCUAAAUCCUGUGUUGUGUAGUUUGAGGAGGGUGAGGCUAGUGAGUAUGCUCGGACUAAACCACCCUGGUUUUGUCAGCUGGGGUGCACCAGACUGAUGCUCGGAUAAAAUGCAGCUACAUAUUUCUACAUGAGAAAUCCUGUAUUUAUCAUUAGGACAGUUUUUUUGUAAUGUUUUGAAUUUUGGUUUCUCAUUAAAAACUUCAAGCAGUGUCAUAACGGUAAUUUGUAGUAUUUUAUUUAAUCCAACUGAUUCAACCGGCAUCACUGUUGGGUGUGGUCAGAGGUGUUGCACCUGUAACCACACCCAACAGUGUUGUCAUGAUGUACUAAUAUACCCCGUAGUACAGUUCUAUAUUAACUUGGUGUUCAUUUGAAAUCUGUGAAAAUGUUUAUGUAUAUACACAAUUAUUUUGCACCCACAUGUAUGAACGCACAUAAAAUACCCUCAAAUAUAUUUGCAGUUAUCCUCAGGUCAGGGGUGUAUC